AUGGCGCCAGCAAGUAUUACUUUAAUUGUUGAGCCCCGGGGUAAACCGAUCAAGAAACUCCCUAAGGAAAUUCAGAUCAGUCCCAAUGCUCCCGCCCAGGAUAUCUAUACGGCGCUCGCGGCGGCCUCCGGCUUUUCCAUCCAUCGCCUGAGAAUCACUAAAGGAAGCGACCGCAGUGUAGUACCCAAUUCGAAAGAGACUCAAGUCGAUGAUACCGGUCUAAAAGAGAGAAGUGUUGUUCAUGUCAAGGAUCUUGGUCCCCAAAUUGGUUGGCGCACCGUAUUUAUUAUUGAGUAUUUUGGCCCUCUGGUCAUACCUGCUCUGUUCCUCUAUCCUCUUCGUCCGUAUCUCUAUUACAACUUCGACAAGCCACUUCCCGAACCGUCUUACCUUCAGCAAUUGGUCUGUGCACUACUGUCUAUUCAUUUCCUGAAGCGUGAAUUUGAGACUAUCUUCAUCCACCGCUUCAGCAAUGCCACGAUGCCAGCACGCAAUAUCUUCAAGAAUAGCGCACACUACUGGGUCCUGGCUGGCUUGAACAUCGCCUACUGGGUUUUCCGCCCCGACGCAUCUGCAGUCAACGAAUUAAACCCUGCUCUCCUUUACGCUGGUCUCGGCCUCUUCGUUUUUGGUGAACUGGCCAACCUGAACUCGCAUCUGGUGCUACGUGGCCUGCGCCGUCCGGGUACUACAGACAGGGGUAUCCCCUCAGGAUUUGGAUUUAACCUUGUCACCUGCCCGAACUACCUGUUCGAGAUCAUGGCCUGGAUCGGUGUCUAUCUCGUUAGCGGUCUUAGCUGGAGCGUGCUGUUCUUCAUCGCUGUCGGCGGUGCGCAGAUGGCCGCGUGGGCUAAGAAGAAGGAACGCCGUUACCGCAAGGAGUUCGGUGACAAGUACAAGCGCAAGAGCUUUGUUGUGCUUCCUGGUCUUAUUUAG